UUUAUCAUUAGUGCAGGAUACCAUGUGCAGAGGAGGACAGACAUGCAAGCACCGUCUCUCUUCCUCCCUCUGUCCUCCCUACAUGUGCCAUUGCAGCUGAUCUUUACGCAUGGUGCCAAAGGGCGCUGCCCUCCUCGGUGGGUCGACCAGCGGAUCCUCGCCUCUGCUCCAAAAUCUGGAGAUUUGGAAAUUUCCAUUUUCUGUGAAGACUAUUUUUUUUCUCAUGCUACAACAUCCACUUCAAAAAGUAGUUGCAGCUUGGAUGUAGACGCCUGUGUGUGAUGACACCUGCAUGAUCGGACGCCCUGAUGAGAGAUCCAGUUGGCACAGCGGCUCCCAUGGCUUACCAUCCUCUCCGACCGGGCGCCUUGUCCCUGUCUGCCUUCCUCACCACCGCUCAGCCCUCAUUUUUCCCUGCGCUGACUUUCCCGGACGUCUCCUCCCUCUCCGAGCCUCUGUCGGGCCAGGCUACCUCUGACGGGGUGCUGCACGCAGCUCCGGGGUGCCAGAGUCGCUCCUUGAAGAACCUGCAGCCUGAAGAGUGGCUGGAUGAUGACCCGAAAGUUACAUUGGAAGCAAAGAAUUUAUGGAAUGAAUUUCACAAAAUGGGAACGGAGAUGGUCAUCACGAAAUCAGGAAGGAGGAUGUUUCCACCCUUCAAAGUGCGAGUAGAUGGACUGGAUGAAACCGCAAAGUACAUCCUACUGAUGGACAUCGUUGCUGUCGAUGACUGCCGCUACAAGUUCCACAACUCCCGCUGGAUGGUGGCUGGAAAAGCGGACCCGGAGAUGCCAAAGCGCAUGUACAUCCACCCGGACAGUCCGUCCAAAGGGGAGCAGUGGAUGAGCAAACCCGUUGCUUUUCAUAAGCUCAAACUCACCAACAAUAUUUCGGAUAAACAUGGAUUUACCAUUUUGAACUCCAUGCAUAAAUACCAGCCCAGGUUUCAUAUUGUGAGAGCCAACGACAUAAUGAAGCUUCCAUACAGCACCUUCCGGACUUAUGUUUUCCCUGAGACGGAGUUCAUCGCUGUCACUGCCUAUCAGAACGAAAAGAUUACGCAGCUAAAAAUCGACAACAAUCCCUUUGCCAAAGGAUUCAGAGACACAGGGAACGGGAGACGAGAAAAGAGGAAUAAACUGUUUGACAUGUCUCCUCUGCACGAGAACCAAAGAAAAGCAGACCAUGACUGUGCUGAUUCUGAUGACUCGUGUGAACAACCCGGCACCAGCGAGCCUUUUCAUUCCCCUCAGGUACUGCUGACCAACCCUCUGAUGUCCAUGUCAACCUGUCCAGAUGAGCACACUAGUGAUCCAGAUGUUGAUCUGCAAGAUGAUGGCAUAUCUGAAGCCAGCUGUUCCGGGACUGAACACAGGACGAGUCUGAAAAGCAAGCAGACACUGCAGAACGCGUCUGAGCUCAGAAAGAACGACAACAAUCAGCACGCAACAAAAGAAAGAAUAAUGUUUAGAACGCCAGACGAUGAGUAUUCUAUGCAGAUGGACUCUUCAGAUGGGCAGAUGAAGGAAAUCAAAGAUGUUGUCCUGCCUGCGAUGUUGCAGUCGCAGAGUUCAUCAUCCCUCAGUGCUGGUCAAUGUCAGACUUUGGAUUUCUCAAGUGUGCACCACCAGACGUUUACUAAGCUCGGCACACCUUUUUUGUUUCAUCCUGGACAGUUGAAACCAGAAGCUUUCUCCACUUUGGGUGUGGGCCAUGUAUUUUCCUCUUUGCCUGGAGUAAGUGACUUAGAAAACGGAGGCCUAUCGUCCAGGAGCAUCGUCUCUUCAUCUCCCUUCAUGUUUCAUCUGUCACAGCACAUGCUGGCAUCUCAGGGAGUCGCGUUGUCACCUUUUGGAGGGCUGCUCUCAUAUCCGUACUGCUACAUGGCAGCGCCGGGGGCAACUGCUCCAGCUCUUCCCGCCUGUUCUGCAACGGCGUCGCUCACCAGAAACCACCGUUACAGCAACUCUCGGCCUUGGUUGCGAUUCAGCCCUUAUCAGAUCCCCACAUCUGUCGCCUCACGCCAAAAUCUGCAAACAGCCAGAUUGUUGGGCAGGUCAUGUUCACAGUCUGAGCUGUCCAAAUCUGGGAGCACGGAGUCAAGUCCAGCGUCUCACAAUCACGGUUACAAAACCAAAGUGAAGCAGAUGACUGUUCCACCAAAAAUCACUGCUAUGUGUUCCUCCGAUGAACUGGAAAACUGUUGGAGGACUUGAUAAACCACUUCUUCUGCAAUAGCUGUUUUUAUUGCAUACUUGGUAAAUACUGUGAGAUAGUUAUACAGGCAAGUUCAUGAAGUUGCACAUAAUAUUCACCUGAAAUAAGUAGUUUGUCAAAAACUGUAUGGGUUGCUGCUAUUUAGCCCCUUCCAAAAGAGAAGUCUGAAUUGGGAACAGAACUUACCUAUAACAAAAACACAACUGCCACUAUUUUUCAGAGAUUACCCACACUGACUGAAGGUUGCCUGGUACUGCUAUGGCUAAAAUGGAUGUAGUGUUAUUUUGCAUAAUUUCAGUUGGAAUUAAAUUUGGUGCCGAGGUUUCAGAGCAGGUUCCAUAACAUUAGUGACUCAUUGUUAAAAGACUAUUAUUUACUCUCCAAAUCUCUUUAAAGGUAAAUGCUUUUUUCUGGAGUUUUUAAAAUCCCACUCUGGUCUGAUGAUAAAGAGAAACACUGAAUCUCAAACUUGUCCAAGUGUCCCUUAUCCAUAGAGGCCAAGGUUGUCCAUUUGGUCUUACAGUUUGGCACCUGUCACUGACUACAGUUGGGUGGGAGUUGUUCAGAUGGAAAUUUCAAACAUAGUCGAGGGUUUAUCGGGUUGACUUGUUAGUAUUUCCAUAAGGCUGCCUAUUAAACACUAAUUUAUUGAUUUGCAGGUUAAAUGACGCCCAUGUUAAAACACAGUCAUUUAGAUGCCUUUAAAGUUAUGGUUAUACGUACAGUACAUAUGUCUAAAAAGAAAAGAAAGUCCUUUUACUUCCUAAACCAAAUUUAUCCCAAUUUUAAUCGAUUGAUACGUACAUGUCUGUUCAUCUGCAAAAACUCCAAAUUGGUGCUUCCUAAAAGUUAGAUAUUUAUUAACAUCAAUAAAAAUGAAAGGUGCUCAUUGGAUUAUCUAUAAAAUGAGCUAUGCAAAAGUCAGUGUCCAGAGUAGGAUAUCAAUGUGCUUUAAACACAAUUAAAACAUAUUUUUUACUUCUUUAUUCCGUAUAUGUGUGUAAAUAUUUUUCCCUUGUCAUUUCACACACUGUAAAAAAAAUGAAGCCUUUUGAGACUGACAACUGAUCACUAUUAAACCUGCCAAUGAGAUAAGAGGAAAGAGUUUACUACCUGUUUCACAUUUUGUUAAUGUACCAAAGUUGCAUCGUGGACUUAAAAGGAAAAACUCAGGAUUUUAUUUUCUUUCUUUGACGCAGCACUUAAAGAAAGUGUUCAGAAAACAUAAUCUGACAUGUUGUCAGCCAGAUUAUUCAGGUAAACUGUUUUAUUUUUUUUUCACAAUUUAAAUAAAGAUGUUGUUCACAUUU